CGGGGUCAGGGGCGGGGCUCCCGCGCUGCCGGAUGACAUCACUUGCACUUGCGGCAGGCGCGGGUCGAGCGGCGGCGGGAUCGCGUCACUGGUGCGCGCCGCGGCUCCGGGCGCGAUGGCGGCGCUGGGCGGGGAUGGGCUGCGCCUGCUGUCGGUGUCGCGGCCGGAGCGGCAGCCCGAGUCAGCAGCUCUGGGCGGCCCGGGCCCUGGGCUGUGCUGCUGGGUGUCUGUGUUCUCCUGUCUUAGCCUCGCCUGCUCCUACGUGGGCAGCCUCUACGUCUGGAAGAGCGAGCUGCCCAGGGACCACCCUGCAGUCAUCAAGCGGCGUUUCACCAGUGUAUUGGUGGUGUCCAGCCUCUCGCCUCUGUGCGUGCUACUCUGGAGAGAACUCACAGGCAUCCAGCCAGGCACAUCCCUGCUCACCCUGAUGGGCUUCAGGCUGGAGGGUAUUUUCCCAGCAGCACUGCUACCCCUGCUGCUGACCAUGAUCCUUUUCCUGGGCCCACUGAUGCAGCUCUCUAUGGAUUGCCCAUGUGACCUGGCAGAUGGUUUGAAGGUUGUCUUAGCUCCUCGCUCCUGGGCCCGCUGCCUCACAGAUAUGCGUUGGUUGCGGAACCAAGUGAUUGCGCCCCUGACAGAAGAACUGGUGUUCCGGGCCUGUAUGCUGCCUAUGUUAGCACCAUGCACGGGCCUGGGCCCUGCGGUGUUCACCUGCCCACUCUUCUUUGGAGUUGCCCAUUUUCACCACAUUUUUGAGCAGCUUCGAUUCCGCCAGAGCAGUGUGGGGAGCAUCUUCUUGUCUGCAGCGUUCCAGUUCUCCUACACAGCUGUCUUCGGCGCCUACACUGCUUUCCUCUUCAUCCGCACAGAGGAACUCAGAACAAAGGCUGCAGCCCUGAGAACAGCAAGGACCCUGCCAAAUAACACUGACACUCCCUGGGUGGCCUCAUCCUGGGCUUCCAGCUCCAGAGCCAAGACCCUAAAGCGGAAAUCCCUCCUGGGCACCUCUCCUUGUGUGGCCCUCACACAAGCUCAUCAAGUCCAAAGUCGGCUUCCCUCACCCAGUCCUCCUCUGCCUUCUGCUGCACGCCUCACUGUGCACCCAGUUACUAAAACCUGCACUCCGUCACCCUCAACACCCACCCCUGUGUCACCAGGUCAAGAGAGACAGCUCUACCAUGGCCAUCUCUAGACUCUGUGACCCCUGGUCUCCAGGCCAUGCCUUCUGCCAGGUUUCCAAGUCCUGGCUACCUCCAGCCACACCAAACUUGCCUUGUGCUCUCAUGCCUCCACCCCUUUACACCUGCCCGGUAAGCUCUUCCUGGAAGUCUGAACUUGACGGCCUUCGUCUGUACCUCCUGCCCUCACGACAGAGCUGGACCCUCCCUUUUAUAGUAGGCUUCUGUGGGAUCGGCUGUCGGAAAACACCUCUCUUGUCCUCAGCUUUUACUUGUCUCCAUUCUUCAUACGCCUGGGACCAUUUUGAGGGCAGGGGUGCUGAGGUAUAUGUCCACAUGCUUUGUGCACAGGGCCCUCAUUUCUGCUCAUUAAACUGCUGGGGGACAACAUGAAGCUGGAGCUGGGCAAGUCCAACCUAGGGGCCACCUGGGGCCUAGGAGCCAGCACUGAGAGAUGUCCCAGGACUGCCAGCCCAUGGGUGGAAUCCCAGUGUCCACGUGCCUGUGCCCACAUAGCUGUCACUUCAGAUAAAGCAUCUCUGUGUCACCCA